AUGGCGGAGCAGCUUCAGUCGACCCCAGCCACGGAUAUCCCCCCAGGCCCACACUCAUCGCGAGUCGCUCCCAUACAGAGACUCAUCCAACAAUGGACGCCUCUGCUGCAUCCUACAAAGUCGCCUGAAGAGACGUUUCAAGAGAAGUAUAAGUUGGCGCAAGCACGUUUUUAUGAGGCGUCGGCCUUAGCAUCCGAACAAUUUAAUACAGCUAGACUGGACGCUGUUCAAUACUGUAUCAAUCAGCUUAAGGCAUUACAGGCAGAGCGCGAGGCAAACAAGGAAGAUGAAGAGAUAAAGUACCAGCAGCUGUACUGGGAGCAGCAGGAGGCUCUUGGUCUUGCGUACCUCGAUAUAAUCGGCCCGGAAAUGGGUGAGAGAAUGUUCAAGAAGUGGCGACAAGGUGCACAGUUACCUUUGAACAUUCCUGCUGCGUCAAAUGCUCUUGCUGGUUCAUCAAGCGAAGUGACAACAAACACUUCGUAUUGUACCCCAAAUUCCAGCCCUGUAAUGCAAUCCUUCCGCCUGCCGAAUCCCAGACCACAGAGCGAGUCCGAUGCAAUUCUUCCUACUGCCGAAACAUCAUUGAAUCAAGAGACACACAUGAUCGACCGACCCUCAAACGAAAGCCAACAAUCCGCGAGAGCCAAACAAAAGCGACCUGCAAAUCCCACUCAAGGGAGCCUCCCCCGCCCUCAAAAGCGUCCCCGAUCGAAUGUGCCUCAACCGCGAGGACCUCUUACCGGCGACCGAGCGAUCGACUUCGACGACGUCUACCGAGACGGCAACGCCGCGACGAAGUACAUAAUCACAGAGCACAAGGGCUUCUGGUAUAUCCUCGAGUGUAAGAAGCACAAGCUGCACUUCAUGAGCAAUAACCCCAUCCACGGAGCUCGCAGGCACUUGACCGCUGGGACACACGGCAAUCUCAACGUCAAGCAUGACGAGACAGUUCGUCUUCUCGGGACAAGAGUUCUCAACUGCGAUGCAGACAAGGCCAAGCUGAACAACCUCGCCGCACAGAGACCUAUGUACGCGCAGUAUGGGAGACCUCUCAGCAGCGUCUCAGCGGGGUCGGCGCACUCGAACGAAGGACCUCAGACACGAAGUACACAGUUCCUUCCUGGGAUCGAUCCGCAGCCUGGUGAGGUGUAUACUACCUUUUGGAAGAAGACGAAGCGAUUCUUCGCUAUUCUUGUGUUGCCGUGGGGUAGUUUUCGGCAGUUUGGCUGGGACAUGAAUCUUAUGGAUAACACGGAGCUCUUGAAAAAGAAUAUCCCUACGUGCUAUGACUAUGACCCUCUUACCGGGACGGCUGAGUGGACCGAGCAUUACCGGCCGGGGGGCAAGUAUCAUCAUAGGAGAAAAUAUCCGGUCAUGUACAUCGAUGCACCAGUCUUUCCGUGGGAUUGCGCUAUUGGGUGGGUUGCCGUCAACGAGUUCCGUGCUUAUGAUCCCAACGACGAGGGAAUUGACCAUAAGGAUAAGGUUGACGAGUUCAUCCUCCGGAUGAAGGAUCGAGACCGCUUGAGGAAUGGAGAGGAAGAUUCGGGAGAAGCAGAACAUCAAGAUGACGACUUGGCGACGGAUAAUAUCUCGGACGAGCAGCAGAGUACGGAAGUCGAGCCGCCACCGCUGGGAUCAUGCAUGCGUUUGGCGAUUGAGAUUCCAGACGAUGAUAGUGAUACUGAAGAAGGGUCGGGUAUGAUGCCUCAAUACGAUGACUGGGCCGAGGAGGAGCCACGGGUCAAGACUGAGCCGACGAACCAAGAAGGUCCGGCACAGCCCUCCGAUGCUGCUGCUGCUGCCCAAACAACUACCACCUCAGUCGGCUCAGAGACGACUAACCAGUGGAAUGGCCUUGAUCAUACACCGACUACUCCUAACCUCCACCCAGCUCUUGAUGCCAAUGGCGUCCUUCAUCCUAUAACACCAAACACUCCUACGGUCGAUAAUCCCAGUAUCCCUUCUUCUAAUGCACAUCUCAGACCCACCGAUCAGAUGUAUGAUCACUCACAGUCACCAUGCAUAAGCGGGCCCCCGGCGCGAGAGCAUCCGGUAGAUGACUCCGGUCCCCGGGCCCCGGAAGCCGUAAUGGCUCCCGGAGAUCCCCCGACAGCAAACGAACAAGCUCCAUUGGCAUCCAUGAUUGGUCACGCUGGGUUCGAGAAUUCUGCUCCGUUGAACCUGUAUGGUUAUCUAGCCCCUGGAUAUACCGCAAAUACGACGACUGCGAAUGUCGCAGGGAACAGCGAAGCGCCAUGGAUGACCCAUGCUCAAGUCGCGGCAGAGGGAGCGCGGGACCGUGAGAUUGACAUUAGGGAUAAUGCCGCCAGACGGUCUAAUUGGCGGCAUCCGUUCAUCACCGACGAUACCGAUUAA